AUGCUGUCCUCAAGCCAUGUCAGCCUGACUCGAACCUCUUCUGACUUGCGCUUGCUCGCCACUGCGCUUUGCCCUCCAUCACCCAUUCUCACACCUAAUGACCUACUGUCACCGAGCACGUCUGGUGAAAUACCGCUCAUUCUCGACUUCGUGAUUAACAAAUUUUCCACACCCUUGAACUCGCCUCUCAGCCGCACGGGAAGAGUUACAAAGUCCCUGAUGGCAGCCUCCUCAGCAUCACUGGCCUCUAGUCUUGCAAGCAACUACAGUGUCAGCGAAUCACCGCUGGACGAAGUCUUUUUCACUCCGAAGUCAUCUCAGUCGUCCCAGUCACUGGUUUCUACACCCUCUCCUUCCCCAAGUCCCCUCUCCAAGUCUCUGUUCCAGUCGGCACAUAUUCGGAGCCUGGCUAUGUCAGACUCGGUCGGCACAUCACUAUCAGAAAGCCCCAGCGCCAGGACUGUUCUUGGAAGCACAAACCGACAAGCCUGGAUUUUCAACUCGGGAAAGACUUACAACUCAGCAACGGCUGUUCCUGUAGGGGACAAAGAGAAUGAAGCGCAAACUGUAUGUCUUGGCACGUCAGCGACAUUCUCGACACUGCCAACACCUUCCUUUGCUCUCCCAUCGCCAUCGCCCAGUGUAGAUGUGAUUUCUCCCAUAUCUCUGACAUACUCCAGAAGACAUCGCAGACCACUGGAACGCUCAGGAGCUAUUCAUCAUUUGAAGACGCCUCGCUCGAUCCCCAGGACCUCUCGGCUCCGUCUACACGCCCGUGAGCCCCACGAGCCCCCGUCCCCAGUCAUCGGUCCUGUACGCACAACCCGCUGGCAGCUCACCGACUCCCCUUCAGCUAGCUCCAUCCAUUCGUGUCCUUCCCCACGUACUUCCUCGGGCGACUCAGGCGUCCCGUCCAAGUAUCCCUAUCUUCCACAUGAUCUCGCUUGGCUCGGAGGGACCGAAGUUGAACUCUGGAUCGACCAGGAAGGCUUCCGCGCGAUCCGGCCAAGGAUGCGACUGAUGGGGUAUUCCCCACGCUCCCGUUCACUGCUGCCAUACGGCGAGCGUGGCGUCUCCUCUGACGUGAGUGGAGGCGUGGCGGAGUUCAUGCCGGUCAAGCGCGAGAGCUUCGCAUUCCACUAUGCGACCCUCGAUGGUCCGCCGAUGCUGCGCCGCGUCACUGUAGGCGGGGACGAGUCACGUGACUAUCUUUCCCGGCACGCGGCGCUGAACAUCAAGACAAACGGGGUAUAUACCGUCCUCGGGAGCGAGAGCAUGGCGCUGGGAAGCUCGCAGGAGCACGUGAAGGCGCAGUGGAAGUUCGAUUACCUCGUGGACGACCGUUACACGGACGGUUCGAGGCGGGUCCUCCCCGGGGAGAAGAUCAUUACGCCACUGACGUUUUCGUGUUCUCCAUUCCUGCUGCACCCAAUGCAAGGCAAGAAGGUCGGGUUCAUGCAUCUCGUGAAGAAGAGCGUUGUACCGAAGCUCUCCGCGGAGAAGCUGGAGCCGCCUGAGCGUCCCAGGCAGCUGAACCAGGCACACGUAAUGGCAAAUCUUAGGCGAAUGAGCAGGCACGGACCGUCCAGGUCGGAUGCGCAUGUGAACGCCGAAGGCGUUCUCAGACUGGCAAGCGGCCCACUGGUUGGCAGCUCGCCUUUGGGACCGUCGAAGGGCGGAAGAAUAUUUGAAGGCACCAGACAGAUGCAGUACACUCGGAGACGGAGAGCUUCAUCUGCUGGAGAACACAUUUAUGUGGACUUGUGUCACCCCCACAAGUCCCUAUUGCCGAGCACGCAUCAGCCGAAUUACCGAAGAUGA